AUGGGAGUGAAUUACUUGUGGCAAAUUUUGGAGCCUGUUAAGCAACACACCCACUUACAAAGUCUUAGUGGGAAAACCAUUGCAGUUGAUCUGAGUCUCUGGGUGUGUGAAGCACAGACAGUCAAAAAAAUGAUCGGAACAGUCAUGAAACCCCACCUCAGGAACUUAUUUUUUCGAAUCUCAUUUUUAACGCUAAUGGAUGUAAAACUGGUAUUUGUUAUGGAAGGGGAACCCCCAAAGCUGAAAGCUGAUGUCAUAAGCAAGAGGAAUCAGAUUCGGUAUGGGCCUUCUGGAAAAACACAGUCUCAGAAAACAGGGAGAUCACAUUUUAAAUCAGUCUUAAGAGAGUGCCUUGAUAUGCUACAAUGCUUGGGCAUUCCAUGGGUUCAAGCUUCUGGGGAAGCUGAAGCCAUGUGUGCUUACCUCAAUGCUAAUGGUUAUGUAGAUGGAUGCCUCACCAAUGAUGGAGAUGCUUUCCUUUAUGGGGCACAGACUGUUUACAGGAAUUUCACUAUGAAUACACAGGACCCACAUGUUGACUGUUACACAAUGUCGUCUAUCAAGAGUAAACUAGGUUUGGAUAGAGAUGCUCUGGUGGGGCUAGCAAUACUACUUGGCUGUGAUUAUCUUCCAAAGGGAGUUCCUGGAGUUGGAAAAGAGCAAGCUUUAAAACUUAUACAGACUUUGAAAGGGCAAAGUUUACUGCAAAGGUUUAAUGAGUGGAAUGAAAAAUCUUGUUACUCUGAUCCACAAACACAAGUUGUUAAAAAACUGGCUCAUUGCUCUGUGUGUUCCCAUCCAGGUUCACCUAAGGAUCAUGAACAUAAUGGAUGCAAAUUGUGUAAAAGUGAUAGAUACUGUGAACCACACGAUUAUGAGUACUGCUGUCCAUGUGAGUGGCACCACACAGAACGUGAUAGACAACGAAACGCAGCAGAGAAUAGUAUUAAGAAAAAAGCUUGCAGCUGUGAGGGAUUCCCAUUCCAUGAGGUUGUCCAAGAAUUCCUUUUGAACAAGGAUAAGUUGCUGAAUGGAAUCAGGUACCAAAGACCUGAUUUAUUAUUGUUUCAGAGAUUUACCUUUGAAAAACUGGAGUGGCCCAAUCACUAUGCAUGUGAAAAAUUAUUCGUGCUUUUGACCCACUAUGACAUGAUAGAAAGGAAACUUGGUAGAAGGAACUCUAACCAACUACAGCCAAUUCGAAUUGUAAAGACCCGCAUCAGAAAUGGAGUUCAUUGCUUUGAAAUAGAAUGGGAAAAGCCUGAACAUUAUGUUACAGAAGAUAAACAGCAUGGAGAAUUGAUUCUCCAAACAGUAGAAGAAGAAUCAUUAUUUGAAACAGCUUAUCCUGAGAUUGUUGCUGUUUACCAAAAGCAGAAGUUAGAAAUUAAAGGAAAAAAACAAAAAAGUAUGAAAAUUAAACCUAAAGAAAAUAAUUGGUCAGAAUCAGAUAAUGUAAUAAAUUUUCAGCCACACAUGAAUUUAAAACCCACACGUGAAACCUUUCCUAAGCAGAAUUCUAAAUUAUAUUUGGAAAUGUCUCCAGAUUCUCAGCUACCCCAGGAAUCUAUUUCUCAGUCAUUGAAUAGCUUGCUUUUGCUUGAAGAUGCUUCCUGUUCAGAUAUACAAGAUGAAUCUUCUCCAGGACCUUUGGCUGUACAUCAAAUUAAAACUGUCAAUGACUUUCUAACUUCAGAAUCUACACAACCCAAUCCCUUAUCUCAUAAUGUAUCUGAGAUUGCUGAUCUACAUUUGAGCACCAUUGACUGGGAAAGUACUUCCUUUAGUAAUUCCCCAGCUAUUCAAAAGAACAUAGUCUCUCACAGUUUAAAUUCAGAACUUGAAAAGGCCAUCCCCAAUAGUUUUGAAAAUAUCUCAAAACAAUUAUCAUGUGAAUCAGAAUGGUGUUCCACAAACAUCAGUAAAGUAUCAGAUGGGGAUCUUCAGAAGACUAGUCCUGAAGAGCAUCUACUUUCUGACAGUACUGAUUUACAUCUUCAAGAUUUGCCUUUAAAGGAGCGAAUACGAAUAAAAUCAUCAUAUUCUCAGGAUAAAGCACAACUAGACACUGACCUGCAAGCUUUGUCUCUAUUUGAGGUAAAAGAACCUUGCAUUGCUAAUAGUAGUUCCACUUGUCCAUCAUAUCUUUCAAAGAAUCAUCCAACAAUUUAUUUGCAUAAUGAAUCCAGAAAUUCUGAAGUUCUAAAUGGAAACCAGCUGCUUCAAGAAAACUAUAAAAUAAAUACUGCUUUAAAUCAUGGUAGAAAGGUUGAUAUCCAAACCACUCAGAGAAUUGUCAUGAAGAAUGUUUGCCUUGACAGACAUUCCUCUGAUGAAGAAAGUGUCCCAGGGUUUGGGAAAACUAAAUAUACAACUCACAGAAUGCAGCAGUAUUCUCAGAGAGGUAACCCAGUGCAAUUAAAGAAAAAUGACACUAACAAACUGAGUAGCCAUGAAAUGGAUAUUAAAGAAACUGAACCGUAUGCCCAGGCUUAUAAAAUAGCUGGAAAUAAAGAAAACUGUUCCCUAGAUCCAGCACAAAGUUCUCUGAGUUUUCUACAAUGUCAUAAGGAAAAAGAAGACCCUGAUACUUAUUUGGAUAGUCCUCUUCCUUUAUGUCAGAGAUUAAAAUUAAGGUUCCAAAGCACUUGA